AUGCUCCUCCCCGCGCGAGCCCCGCUGCCCCGCGACGGCGACCUCUUCCUCCUCGCCGCUACCGGCUGGGUGGCCGCUGCCGCUUUCCGCGCCAGCUUCGCCUGCCGGCUGCUGCGACCUUCCCAGGUGCCUGCCGCGCGUUCGCCGCCUCCUGCGCGCCCGCCGGCUCCUGCACGCGCCCAACGGCCAUCUCUGUCCGCGAUGCAGCCUCCGAGCCGGCUUCGCCUGCGCCGGGUGCCCGUUGGUCGGCUCCCCAGCUCCCGGCCCCGGCCAUCUCCGCCCGCGGCCGGCUACCCCUGCUCCGGCCGGCUCGUCGCGCACCGGCUGCCGCCUUGCCGCAGCCGGCUCCGCCGGCCGACCUCCCGCACCCCGGUCGCGCCAGCGCCGGCUCGCCUCUCGCCCGCGCCGCUCCACUCCGCGCGCCGUGCCAACUCCCUUGCCGCGCCUCUGGCCGGCCGGGUAGCGCACCUCCGCUGCCGGCUCCCGGGUCGAGCACCGUGGCUGGCGCGCCCCGCGCGCCCCCGUCGGGUCCCGCUCCAGCCGCUUGCUGUGGCCGGCACCUGA